AUGCGUCAAGGAUUUAUCUGCAUGCGCGCUCUGGCGCAAACCGAGCGUCCUGAGUGGAUGGGCCCCUUGGCCACGGGCAAACUGCACGCGAGCAGACGUACCCGAGAGCUGGAAAGAUUGAACACAGAAUCAGGAGGCCAAGACGGUAGCGACGGAGACCACAGUUUGAAAGAUUUCCAACAGUCCACGAUACGCUACGCCAACCUGAAGCUGGGCCCCAGCUCAGGGAAAGACCCUGAACCACCCGCAUGCAAAGAGAAAAGCCCUCGGGGUAUCCGUUUCCAUGUGCGCUCCCUGGGAUGGGUGGAGAUGGAGGAUUCGGACCUAUCGCCAGGCAAGAGCAGCUUGGCUGUCAACAACUGCAUCCGGCAACUGUCCUACCGAAAGAACGACAUCCGGGACACAGCUGGCAUAUGGGGAGAGGGCAAAGACAUGUACAUGGUUCUUGAGGAUGAAUAUCUGAAGCUGACAGACCCCAACGAUGGCACGAUACUCAACUCCCAGCAUGUCUGCAGCAUCCGCGUCUGGGGAGUGGGCCGCGAUAAUGGGAGAGAAAGGGACUUUGCGUAUGUAGCUCGGGACAAGGUCACCAAGCGCUACAAAUGCCACGUGUUCCGCUGUGACAUUCCGGCCAAGGCCAUCGCCAACGCGCUGCACGAAAUCUGCGCCCGGGUCAUGAGCGAACGGCAAAAGGGUCACACCAUCUCCAUGGUAACACAGGGUCAGAUGAUCCAGCAGCAGCAACAGCAGCAGCUUAUGCAAAUGAGGAGCAUCUCAUUGGACAGUAACAAGGAAGGCAUUCCCACAAGCGUUGAUUUCCCUACUCCGAAGGCAGAGCCUAUCACAGUAUUCCGAGCUCACUACGUGGGCUCAACAAUGGUUGAAAAGAAUGGAGGUAUGGAGGUUCUGAAUAAUGCAAUUACCAAAGUAUGCGGGGAGAUACCAGAGGACCAGUGGUCACCAUCGAGAAUUGAAGUAGCUGUUUCCACAGUCACCGUCACCAACAUCAAGACCAAAGAAGUCAUCACGGAGAGCAGAAUACGAUUCCUAUCAUUCCUGGGCAUUGGAAAUGACAUCAGACAAUUUGCGUACAUCAUGUGCGUGGGCAAGCAGAAGUUCCAGUGUCACGUCUUCAGCUGCGAACAUUCGGCGGGAGGACUGGCCAAGUCUAUUGAGGCUGCUUGCAAGCUGAGAUACCAGAAGUGCCUGGACAAUCGGCCCAAGGGUCAGCAUCUCAUGUCUGAGAAUUCUUUCGACGGAAGGACCUGGGGAUGUGCCCUGAAGAACGGCGUACAAAACCUCUUCAGCAAGUUCAGCCGGCGUGGCCACAAAGAGGCCCCCAUCAGUGCAGUAUAAAGGUCACAGGUCACGCAGGUCAAAGGUGAAAGGUCAAGCCUUCUCGCAGACUUGACCUCUACGCAAGAAAAAAAGUUGAUUGUUUUCUUGUUCGCCAGCAAAUGCUGACCUGAUGUUUUGUAUUUGGAGAUGGAAAGAACUUUUAUGGAAAAGAAAAGUACCUAUAAUUUAAGUCAUAUCACGUCGACUGUUACAGACUUCUCAAAUAUUUCUGACUAUGAAAUAAUUGCCACUCUUGCAUAUCAAAGUGAGUGGCAUUAUUAAGCUAGGAAAAUCUUGUCAGCUGUGUACUGUAUGCAAGAAAGUAACGCUGCUGAAAAAGAAGUUAUUUAAGGAUGGUGCGUAAUAUGCUGCUCAUGUGUGCUGAACCUAAGUGGGAAAGCAAAUUGUCGUGUUUGCGUGUACAUGUUCUGCGAUGGAUGAUGGUGAUUUAUUUAUUGAGAAAAAAAUUGUGGUCGAAACCACUGAUAUUUACGUAUGUGUGUAAAUCCGAUUCUAACAAAGUUAAGCUUGUUGAUAAUGGGGAAAAUGUCAUAUCUGCGUUGUUGUCAGUUUUGAUAAACUGGCCAAACUUCACAGCUAGAGGGCACCCGAGCAAGGUGGCCAUAUUGUUCAUCAAGUUUUCCUGGGGAUUUAUCAAUAUCUCUCAAAGCCAAAGCUGUGCAAUAUGUAAAAUAUGUCGAUUACGAGAGAUGGUUUUAAUAGCAUAUCAAUACUUGUCUGACACACAGCUGCUGCAUUCAUUAUUUGUGAUCCGGCAAAAUCUUCCCUUAGGCAGAUGAAAGCAAAAAGCUGGUUUUCACUGACGUAAGAAAAACAACUCAUUCUGCAAUCUGUAUUCAAAGCCUGUCAAUGUUUUCUUGAUUUUCUCCAGAUUUCUGAAAAACAACGAAAAACACCUGUCGCAGUUAAUGUUGUAUUUGUGUAAGGAUAUACCUUCAAGCUAUUAAAAAAAACCACUCGGCAUCUGAAAUCAAGAUCGUAGAGUGCAGAAAUUAACAUUGCAGACUGCAGAAAAGUAUUCGACAAGUUGAAUGGAAAGCAAAAACAGAUAAUUAUUUACAAAUUAUUUUAUUUUACAGAAAUUUGAGGUGACUAAGGUCCACAUCAUGUGCAAAAAUCUCAUUUGAUGACUGUAAGAAAUAUAAUGUAUGUUUUGAAGAAAAAUGUUUCUGUUAAUUCAGAUUUAGAAGAGUUUAUAUACCAAAUGGACAUGGCAAAUAAAGAUACUCGUUCAAAGGAUAUUCCUAAAAAGUAUUCAUAAUUAGCUGGGGGUACUACCCAACAGUACACCGAUACUUGUAAGAUAUUCUGGAGUGUGUAGAUAACGUGAUAUUUAUUUCAUUCAUUCAUUCAAUUCACAAUAAUUAGACAAUUUUUGGAUCUUAUAGGUUCAAAUUGUGUGAAAAAUGUAUACAGAGGAAGUGGUGUGUAUGAGUGCGUGCCAGUGGCACAUGUGAAAUUUUUGUCAUUGUAUUCUCAAGUGUAUGUAAUUAUCGGAACCAUAAAAAAAACAAGCAGCUUAAAUUUAGUCUGAAUUACUGUAGCAAGCUUUGUGGUCCUUGAUCGAUGGUUAAAAGUAGAAUACUCAAGUGUACACAUACAAAGAAAAAAUAUCUUAAUUAGCAAGUAGAACAAAUGUUGGAUUAUACAGUGUAGUGUACAUAAAGUGAACGUUACGCAGCAAGUGUGUAAUUGCCAUUGGAAAUAUUUCCUUUCACGUCAUUUGUCUGCAAUAUGUUUUGAAGAGUUUUUUUUUUUAAUGGAUUGGGGCUAGUCGAGGUCAUGUGAUUGCAUUGAAGUCAGUGAUUGGUCAGUGAGGUGUCAAAGGUCGCCGGCUUGCGGGCGCGCAUCCGGUCCAGUGGUUGUCCAUCUGCUUGUCCUUGAUUGAAGCUGGUUUGCAACUCAUGUUUUGUGAUUUUGUCCCGGUUAUUGUACAUCUGGAAAUUGGCUUGUGAGCCCCAAUUAUGGGGGAAGAUUUUGAACGAUCGUCAGAAAAAGAUACUGCACAAGAAAAUGAAAGGACUGUUACAAGUUUGAUGCUAAGGUUGCACAUUCCGAAUUUAAGGAUACUGCAAUUGAAGGAGACAGAAAAUAGUGAAAUCUCCUCUUUUUUUUGGUAAAGAAAGGAGCAAGUGAUCUCUAAACUAUCACAGAUCUGGAAAUGUAUUGUUGGCGGAUAAAUGGAAGUUUCUAUUUAGAUGAUAUAUUUAAGAAACAUGGGGGGAAAAAAAGGAAGAUGUAACAAUGUUUGAAUGUUGGUUCUUUGUACUAAAAAAGGUUGAACUGAAAUUGGUCUAGAAAGUUGAUUGUUUUUUAUACCUAAACAGCUUUGGUUUUAAAGAAACUAAUGUCUUUGUUGAAAAAUGAUGUCAUUCCAAAUGAUAUUAAGACAUUUCAGCCGCAUGUUAUAAGGAGCAGUGUAUUUCUCUUAACCGUAGCUUAAGAACUUAAUCAAUAGUGUAAACGUGACAGUAGUGCAAAAUCUAAACUAAAGGUAGCGUAAAUUCUAAGCAUGAAAAACACUACCAUUUUAAUGACAUUAUUGUGUGGAGUGUAUAUUUCAGAACAACUUGGAAUUCGGAAGGUCACAAACAAUUCUAUCAAAAGAUGGGAGGGGUGACAUGUUUCGGUCUUUUUACAGGGAACCGGUUGCUCUUCAUUGGAUUUCUGUAGAAAAUAUUUGUGACAAAUGGUAAAAAGGGUGGACUUGCAAAAUGUGUAAUAAAAGUCAAAUUAAUGGUAACACUUUGAGCAUUUUGCACAAGCUUAAACGUACCGUACAUGUAGUUGCACAGCACAUUGCAUUGAAAUUAGGCCAUGAAUCUGGUGCAAAUAAUAUAUGUGGUCGUUAGUCUGAGAAACAUGAAUUGUCGAAUGUAGGCCUAGAAUAUACUCAAAAGUACAUUUAUCGUAAAAUACAGAAUUCUUGUACUUGUAACGUGACUGCAACUUUUUGCCUCUUUGUGUAUUCUUGAAUAUAAAUACAUGAUAAUGAAUAUAAGCUACAAUUCGUUAAACUGACUAAAAUGUGAUACUUGCUAGUUGGUCCAGUGCUAAUCCUGGUUAUAGUUGGAUUGUAGUUGUAGUUUUAGCCCUUAAUCUGGUUUAAAACUAGUUUAUAGUUUAGUUAUAACACUUUGGUGGAGAUGAGGGGAAAGUGAAGUUUUUUAAAUUAUUGGAACCAAAUUUUUACGCCAUUCUAAAAAGCAAUGAUUUAAGUAAUGUUAUUGACGCGAGUGUCUCCUUAUUUUGAGGACAUGUUAUUGGCAAAAGAACGUAUUCUUUUCUUGUACUUAUGAAUCAGAGAAUUAAGUUAGACAGAUAGAGAAAUUUACUUCUAAGGUGCAAUUUGAUAACCAGUUCCAUCCUCACUAGUUUAAGUUUACUUAAAACCUAGUUUUAGUUAGAGACACAAUAUUUAUGAAGUUAGUGACUUAUGGAAAGAUGUACUUCAAGACGUCAGUACAAUUGUCAAUACAUUUCCUUUUUAUAUGAAUUUUUGCCAAAAACCUGAAAUUAUUUUUCAUUUUCUGGUUUCGUUUUGGAGUUUGUGGUUCACCCACCCUUGUCUGUGUUGUACAGCUUACGUUUAUUUAAAUAACAUAAAAAAUAUGAAAAGUCUGUGUGUUAUAUGAUUAGUAUUUUUUGCACAAGUGUGACAUUGGUUGUUAUACCUCUAUAGGAAUGUGUAUGAUACUUUUUAAAUGAUUGUAAAUUGUUUUUAUGUACCACUGUAUAGAUUUCAACCUUGCCGAUUAUUUGUCACCAAAGCAUUAUGGGUAUUUUUCAGAGGAAGACUCCAUUGUUUUCGGGGGUGGUCUAAUAACUGCCAGCGCUCAUGCGAGAUUUCAUGAUCCUGCCGUUUGCUACUUGAUUUCAGGUGUUUACAGUCGCUGCUUUCCAAUCUGAUCCCUAACCUAAUUAGCAUAAUUCAAUCUAGUAUGCUAAUGAUGCAAUUUACAUAAAUUUACAUUUGGUGUACCACUCAUCCAAGUGAAUGCUGAUGAAGCCCAUUACCAUUGCAAUGGACUCCUAAUCACGUUAAGAACAGGACGCAUGAGAUUUUUAACUCGCACGAAUUACCGUAGUGGUUCAUCUGAUCACUUUAAUUUCACUAAAGAGAUCUGUUUUGCAUUCAAGGCAAUUCAACUGGAAAUGUGUACUUCUUGCAUGACCAGGGUACAAACAUGUAUGGAUAAAAAAACAAAUUGCACGGAGUUUUGUGUCAUAUUUCCUCAAUUAUUAUUUGUGUAUUCAUCAAUAUUUUCCAUUCACUUGUCACCAACCAGACAACUUUAAACUGUGUUAGCUUUUAAAUGAGCCAAAAUCAUAUUUGAAUCAGACAAAAUAUCUUCAUUGAAUUGAUAAUUGCAAUUAGGAAAGUGGAAAACAUAGUAAAAUGGAAGUCUUCAAAAAUACUGAUAAUGCUUUUCAAGUCGUUUGAAAUGUGUCAGGUGCAGCAUUUAAAAAGAAGAGUUUUAAAGAUUUUUAUGUUUAUCACAAUUAUGGUUGUGAAAAAAAGGAGAUAUACAUAAUUGUUUUAUUUGUAGGUUUCAGCGCUGAUUGAGGUUUCAGAUUCUGUGUUGUCAUGACAACCCACACUCCCCGAUAUAUUUGACGCGUGUGUUUGUGUGUGAUUGGAAUUGUGCAGAAAUGUAUGGUCUAUUAUUGUACAGAAUAAAAAAAAAUUAAAUUAAAAAAAAAAAUAAGAAUUAGUUUAUGCACUUCAUGGCUGAUUAUGUAAAGCGAAGUGAUCAUGAUAUUGUUAUUGAUAUUAUUGAAAGUAUUAUUGUGAUUAUUGAAACUUUAUUGGUAUGAUGAUAAUUUAUGGUAAUUAUUACGAUACCUUAUUGUUGUCAUUAUUAUAUUGUAAAAAGUAGAAAGCUUGCCAAUUUUAUUUUUCUUACGGUAUUUUGUGUACACAUUUCACAGCAGACUCUUUACCACAAAAUAUUUCUGCUGCAUAGUUUUUAUGUUGUGCGCGGGUUAUCAUGGAAUUCAGGGUCAGUAAUUUGAUUCUUACACGGCCUACAAUUAUGAAAUGUUUUCAGAUAAAAAGAGUUUGAAGUAUUGCAUAAUAAUUUCUUUUCAAUGUAAAUGAAAUUGUAAAAUCGUCAAACUUGAAAACUUUAUUACUUGGAGCCCUCUAUAACUGUAUGAAUUUCAACUUUCUGAAGUUGGUUUUACGGUCUGAAUAUCUUUCAAUAAUAAUUCUUCAUUUUUUUGUGAUAGAGGAAUCAAAUGCAAAACAGGAUGUUGUUGAUCCAAAACAUUAAUGACAGACUAAAUUAAGUCUUUGUUUUCAUCACCACCGAAAAUUGAUUUAUUUGCGUAACAUUUUUAAGAAUUUCCCCGAAGAUAAUUGGAGUCAUUAAGGUGCAUAGUCAUAGGUUCCCUUGUAAAUUGUAUUUGUAUUAAAAUCAUAAUGUAUUUUUUUUUCGUUUGUUGUUAAGGACAAUUUUUUUUUUAUGAGAGGGAUUUGUUCCCACUUUUAGAGCGUUAUUUUUCUAUGAAUUAAGAGUCUGUUGUGAAAGAAAUCGUUGGAAAAAAAGAUCAGAUGUUUAUUUUAUAAGCAAGCACGUACAAUGGCUUUUGCCUUGACAAUCUGACAGCCCCAAGAACUGGAUUUUGUUCUUCAUCAAGAAUUUAGAUAUUUUGAAUGGAUCAUUGGAGAGCCACAGAGAAAAGUAGGAUCUGAUCAUUGAAAGAACACAAAAAUACUUCUGUCACUUAUUUGGGGGUAUUUUUUUUUCUGUUACAGAAUAAUAACCCAAUAUGUUAAGAAUCUUUGAUGAAUCACCUCAAAUGAAAUGCAGAUCCCAGUAUGUAGAAAAGCGAAGAGUUAAUAUUCAACUUGCAAAAACAACUUGAUUGGCUUUUUUUGCAUUCAUUAACUGAUAGUUAUUGGUAAGGCAAAACUCAUUCUGUGUGCAGCAUUUAUGCACUUUUGUGUCAAUAUGUGGAUAAAAAUAAGUAACCAAAUAAAACCAGAUGUACUUCUGCUAAUAAAUGUUGCAACGCAUAAAUAUGACCAAA